GUGCAAAGAUCCAGUGAGUAUUUUUGCCGCUUGCAUGUGACCGCUCUCGUACGCUGUGGCAGAAGUGUCUUGAGAAUUUGCUUAGGUUUCGAAGACGGAAUAUGUCAGCAUUGACUGAUCGCGGAUGCAGAGAAAACAUGGGUAUCAAUCCAGCUGGGAUGACAACUCUCCCGUCGUCGAAAAUGCCUAGAGCUUGCUUCUUUGCCAGGUGUCCAAGGAUCCACCUGCAGAUCAGGCAGUUGACAGCUGGUACUUUGCUGACCGAUCAAAGACACAGAAGACAGUCCGGAUGCAGGCCGUUCUGUGGCCGGACAUUAGAAAAACCUGCGAGGAUGGCAACUGUCAGAGUCAAAGUUAUUAUCCAACGAUCGUGGAAGAAAGAAGACAGUAGCUGUUGUUGUCCUUCCUCAGGGCCACGAGUAGCUGAAAGCAUUUAACCUGGCCAUUUUGGAGGUGUGAAUAAACAUCAACAUUCAUUUGGAUACUAUUUUGCUCUUCAUAGUGGUAAGCUUGAGAGGCAUCCCUGUAUUUGCAUCAGCGUUGGUGUUCCUUUUGCAUCAAUAUAAAGGGGGCUUUUAUCAAAGCCUUAUCUUAUGUUUUCCUCACCGACUUAAAGUCCCCUUCGCUUCGUCACUCACUCCGCUUCCCAGACGCGCCGAGGCGGUGAUCGCCCGGAUUGCUACGUCUUGGCAUCUCAGGUCACUCGACUGCCGAGCUGGUGUCACGAUGUCAAAGUUCGCAGGGCAAAUAGCAAGCUGGACAGAGUGGCAGAUGUGGUGGCGAGAUUUGAAGAAGAACGGGGGAGCAACGCCAGGCAUACCAGCUGGCGGCGCUCAGCAUCAGCUGACCCACCACCAGCAGCGCCACCCCAACCGGCACCGCCGUCGGACCCUGUACCACAGGCCAGAGCUCAGCAUCUCAACGAACAGAGAGCUGCAAGAUUCUGGAGUGAAUUCUAUGUCGACGAGGGGAGCUUAUCUCCGAUACUGGAAGCCUUGAGACCGCAGGCGCCUGGAGAUCUGCUGCUUGGCAACUUCCAAGUUGAAGGCAUUUGUGGUGGCCCUCCAUACGAACUCAGCAAGACUCCCCAGAUCGAGGACUUGAUGGGAGUGAGGUGCCGGAAUUGUGGGUCGCGCUAUGACUUUCAGACAGGUAUGCGUUGGUGGCGCGCUUCAAGAGGUGAGGGAGAGCCCCCUUGGACUCAAAGGCGAAUCGAGGUGCCUUUUGGUGAGGUGGCAUCGAUCCCCUUCUCAACAGACUGGCAAGAUGAUGUCACACGAAAAAAGCAGGACGGCUUAGAGUAUUUGCUCCUGACAAAGAACAAUGUCGUUGUGGAGCACGCUGGAAGACUACAAGAGGAGGACUUUCCUUUAAGCCUGAAGCGCAAGCAGGCGCCAACGGAGCUUCCGUGUCUGCACACUGUGGGAUUCUGGAAGUUCGAGGGGCACGUGAGGAUUCGCGAUUCGGAGCAUGUGAAGCAUGUCCUGGCCAUCAGCUUCUCCGAGUCCACUGCUCGCCUGUUUGGAGAAUCGCCAGAGGAAGUGGCUCGGAACCCUGAAGCUCGCAAGAUGGUUCAGGAGAAGCUGAUUGGUCUUUUCAAAGAACCGAGGGCUGAUCAGCAGGGGUUCCAUGUGAUGUCCAUCCGACGUCAAGGAAGUGGAGCUGGCGGUGGCGACGUCGACGCAGGCUGGAUCCUGGCCAGUACUGCUGUACAGUGGUGCGAGUGAGAGAUGUGUGGACUUAUCACCCACAUGCACAAAUUUGGGAUGAAGAACAUAUUGAUUUAUUCAUUGCCCAGAGUGCAAAACGGGCGCUUAGCUUUGGUUCGUGACGAUUCUUGCCAGUGUCAAUAUUGCCAAUCAGUUGCUGCUGCUCAAGACUUGUUUGACUGGUCUUUUGACCGUGCCGAUUGAUGCCUGCUUUUUCAUCCAGCAUGGGCGCAGAGACUGCCAAAAAAAGAAAAGUGCCAGAAGCAAGCUGGGCGAUCGAAUCAUGAAGACAACAGAAGCCUCUGAGAGCCAGGUGCCAAGAGACGCAAUCGGAGGUAAUCAUGGCAAUGAUGCAGACGUCGUUGAUGUGUCAUGUUUUGGGUUGCAUGUACCGUCGGAACACUGGUUUUAGACUUGACUGCAUGGGAACUCACGACUUGACCUGUGGAGCGUCUCUGCCCCCGGGAGCUUCUAGCUCUCGCUUUGACCUUUAAAACCUAUCAAAGCAAAUCUGUUAUUUGGGACGGGAUCAUACUCCCCUGAAACCGAGUCCUGUGU